GGCCCCAAGGCGCAAGAGUAGUGAUGCUGGCAAUUCAGAGAUGCCAAAGAGAAGCCGCCAAGUGCUCCCUUUAAGCGAAAAGGUGAAAAUUCUUGACUUGAUAAGGAAAGAAAAAAAAUCCUAUGCCGAGGUGGCUAAGAUCUACAGUAAGAACGAGUCUUCUAUCCGUGAAAUCGUGAAGAAGGAAAGAGAAAUCCGUGCUAGCUUUGCGGUUGCACCUCAGACUGCAAAAGUUACGGCUACCGUGCGCGACAACGGCUUAGUUAAGAUGGAAAAGGCAUUAAGUUUGUGGGUGGAAGACAUGAACAGAAAAUGUGUUCCAGUGGAUGGCAGCAUGCUGCGCCAGAAAGCACUGAGCCUGUACAAAGACUUGAGCGAGGGGUCCUCUGAGAGGAGGGACACCAAGCCAUUUACUGCAAGUAAGGGCUGGUUGCACAGAUUCAGGAAUAGGUUUGGGCUGAGAAAUGUAGGAGCUCCUGCAGGGGCAGCGCCUGCUGUUGAAGAAGCUGCUGCCACAUCUCCCACAGAGGUGAAGGAGUUGAUUCAGCAGGAAGUCUACAACUGUCAAGGUGCUUUGACUACAGCUAACAUUUGA